AUGUGCACAUUCGUGAAAUUUAUUAGCAAUUUAUUGCUGUUAUCUUUAUUCUGCUGCUCUUUGACGAGCGUAAAUGCGGCUAAUGUGAUUAAUUAUCGUCAGCAGCAACACGUCAGCUAUACUGCGCGUCCAGUAAACGUUUUGCCAUCACAACAACAGCCGCAGCUGCAAAGGUACGAGCAGCAUUCUCAACAAACGCAAAUAGCAACCAAGGAGGAGUCUAUCUUCCGGCCCAUGGUGAGAUUUCUUACGGCAAAGCCGACACUGCAACAAUCACAAGUAAUCGGCAAUCGUUUACUAGCGACCGACUUAGCUAGCAAAGGAAAUCAACAGUUAGACUUAUUUAUUUCACAGCAACAACAACAGGCAAUAGCACCACCAGCAAGAGUGUCUCAGCAUUUUCAACAUGGAACAAUAAAAUUCCAGUCACAACAACAAUUUCUAACCAAAUUCAACCAACAUCAAAAUUUAAACUGGCAAUUUCAACAGUUAAAGUCAUUGCCAUCACCAUCAACAACAUCGAAACAAUUACCGAAUAACCAACAGUUUGUGCAGUACAACAGUUAUGUGCAGCACAAGUAUCAGCAGCAACAACAGCAGGCAUUCAAUUUGACCCGUUUUGUGCGGGUAAACCAAAAAUCACAACAGCAGCAGCAGCAGCAGCAGCAGCAGCAACGGCAACGGCAGCAACAUCAAGUGCAGCAACCGCAGCAGUCACUGCAAUCACAACAGCAACGCAUACAGUUUUAUCGACCCCAAGCGACAAAAACAACGCAGCAAUAUUCGCAGCCGCUGAAAAUUUAUGCACAGCCUUCUAAUUCAUAUCAGCAGCCUCACGCACAACAAGAACAACAACAGCAACAGCUAAUACAUAAACAGAACAAUUUUAGUGUUGUUGCAAGCCGCUUCAAUAGUUCAGAUGUUGUUAUCAGCCCAUUGCUGCCCUCGUACUCGGAUGAGGAAGAUGCAUUAACGCCAUUCAAUUUCACUCAGCCAUGCCAAGAUUGUUGCGUUGAGCGUCAGAAUCCAUGUCAGCGGUGCUGUGAUACUCGACCAUUUUUAAGUGCGGCUGUUUUGAAGUCAUCAACGGGUUAA